UUUCCGGGUUUGGUGUUGCCGUGGGAAGGCGUGUGCCGCGGAGACUAGUUGGAAAUGACGGGAGCUGAAACCGGAUUCCUAAUCACAUAUCCAAACAAAACCAGCGGGGCAUAAGGCACAGAGCUUGGACACUGCGACCUAGUGUGUUGUGCUCGAUGGAGGCGAUCAGGAGCGCAGUGACUCCGCGCGCACCGGCGCCGGUGAAGCGUGUGUCCGAGGUGGACUUCCGCUCAGGCACGGCGCUUGAGCAGCUGGCCUCGCACGUGCAGGAGCUCGUGCAGCUUGAGCAAGGCGAGUUCGGGGAUCAGACUGCACUCGAGGUGCACACGGCCAAAGACUUCAUCUUCAACAUGCUUGGCCUGGUCCAGAAGGUGGACAAGAGGCUCCCAGUCGCAAAUGAAUACCUGCUAUUGUCAGGUGGCGCCAGGGAGGGUGUUCUUGAUCUUAACCCAGAGGAGCUGGGUGACUAUGUCAGAGGUGUGGACUUUGACCUGGACUUCACCCUUCUGGUGCCUGCCCUCAAACUGCACGACCGCAACCAGCCUGUAACUCUGGACAUGCGCCAGUCUCCACCGUGCCACUCCUGGCUCAGCUUACGGCUUUGUGACCCAGCCAUGCUAGCCCGGUGGGGUAUCUGCUGCGAGGAUGAACCUAACAUUCAGCGCCAGGAAGAUGGGGAAGAGGAAGAAGGUGGUUCCAUAUUGGGCUCAAUUCCCUCCCUCCAAUCUCCACAGUCCUUGGAUGGAUGUUACUUCUCACCCCUGUUGGUCACGGAAUGGUUUUGGAACGUAGUGGGCACAGCGGUGGAGGAGCUAAAGCGGCACCCACAAAGAGGGAUUCCAGUUCCUGAUCGCGUGGAACGCAAUGGACCUUUGACCACACUGAUCCUCAAAGCAGGCACCAGCCGUGUCCUCUAUGAUCUCUUGCCUGUUGUGUCGUUUCGAGGCUGGCCAGCUGUAGCGCAAAGCUGGCUCACUACCAACCACUUCUGGGAUGGAAAGAUCACUGAGGAGGAGGCAAUCAGUGGGUUUUAUCUCCUGCCUUGCUGCUCCCCAGCUGUUGGCUCGGCUUCCAGGCCAGACCGCGAAUGGAGACUUGCAUUUUCUCGGAGUGAGGUCCAGUUGAAAAAGUGUGUGCCUUUUCCUAUGGCCGCAGCCUUCCAGGCAGCCAAAGCUGUUGUGUCCAGACUGUUGGCACGCCCCCGUACUGGUCUUAGCCUUUACCACCUGCGCACCCUACUUUUCUGGGCUUGUGACCGCUUACCUGCGGCCUACUUGAGCUGUUCAGAGCAAGAGACGCCAGCCCGCCUGUUCUUGGGUCUCCUGGAUGACCUGGCGCAUUGUGUGCUGGGUAAAAACUGCCCCAACUAUUUCCUCCCUCAGUACAACAUGUUGGAACAUCUUACUGACGACGCAGCCCUACUAGUGGCCCGGAAACUAGCACACUUGCGCUCGGAUCCAGCUGAACAUUUGCGUGCGGCACUGGAGCAAGCUCGGCAGGCAUGCCAACUGAAACGAGAAGCUGCUGGGACAAGUAACGGGCACGGGGCAUCAUCGCCAAGCUCCAGCUCUUCCAAAGCCACCUCCCCACAAGAUGACCGUCUAGCCCAGAGACUGCAACAGCUGGUUACAGAAAACCCCGGCAAGUCUAUUUCGGUCUUCCUCAACCCAGAUGACGUGACGAGACCGCACUUCCGCAUUGACGAUAAGUUCUACUGAAAUGGUGGAGCCCCAGCAAGAGCACUACACACUGCCUGAGGAAAAAGUAACGCCCCUCUUUUCUUCCUUAGCCACUGAGGUAAAGCUAAUAAAGUUAAGAGCACACAUACACUCCUCCACUGUGCUGUACUGUAUUAAACCCCUCACAUGCAGGCUGGGCACAAUCAGUGAUGUAUUUUGGCCAACACUACAGUCUGCAAGCCAGCUCUGCGAAAUAUGAUUAAGCUGCUACUAGAGAGACCAUCUGUCCCAAAUCAAGUCUGCUGUCAGCUACAUGGCUGUUGCUACCAAAAGAAACACAAAUCACCAAAUGGAGGAAGGCAUAAGAGCGGCUGUUUUUGGAUCCUGUAUGCCAUUUGAUGAGAGGCCUUGAAGCUGUAUUGCUCAGUGAAAUCUUAAUCCUGCAACCUGUGUUGGAUUAUAAUUUCUUGCACAGCUUGAAACAAUAGUUCAGUUAAGGGAUUUUAAAUCCUGCUACAUACUGCUACGAAUCUCUUUCUUUUCUGUUAUACACUGGUAAGCAGGAAGGUGGGCAAUGAUCUAAACCAAGGUACAUUUCAAAUCACUGGAUGUUGAAUGUUUUUAUUGUAAAGGAAUUUGAUGGACUUUAACACUGAAUAUGAUUUUCUUCACUCCUCUACUUUAUCUCUUACUCAUCUCGUUCUCUUUCUCAGGUACUUUUUGUUGUGAAGAUGAAGGCAUUUCCAGUGUGUAUGGUAUUGCCUCUGUGCCUCCUACUAUUUUAUUUGUCUCAAAUGACAGGCAACAGUUAAAAGGCAGCCUUAGGCUAGGAAGCCAUGAUGGCUAGCUGAUAAAAGAGAGGUUGAGAUAAAGGUCUAGCAAGUCUCCAGUGCAUUAUUUUAAGUCAGCCUGUCUUAUGCAAGACUAGACUGAGCCCCAUAACUGCACUAAAGCUAUAUUUAGGAAAAGCCACGGGCCUGAAGCUUUUCAGAACUUGAGUUUUCUUACAACAGCAUCAGCACUUAGUGCAUUCCUGACACGUUUUCUGUUUACUUGCAUUCAAUACAUUUAAUCAAACAGAACCACAGAGCAAAAUUCUGCCAGUGGCACAAAUAAAGAAGCUCUGAUCUGACUAUCCUGAUGAAGAAAUGUCAAUAUUUCUGCCUGUCAAAAGAUGAUUUCAUUAAAUUUGGUAAUGUGUCCUAUGAUUGUGUAUCAUGUUUGUUGGUUUAGCUUUUGACAUUGAUUUGCUGAUUUGCUCUCAGCUUGGUGCUUGAUUAUAUUGUAAUCUCUACAAUAUAGAUAUAUGAUCGUAACUUUCAUGCUCAUAUUUUUUUUGUUUGCUAUCAAAAUGGUGUGUGUGUGUGUGUGUGUGUGUGUGUGUGUGUGUGUGUGUGUGUGUGUGUGUGUGUGUGCGUGCGUGCGUGUGAGAGAAAGCUCAUAAAUACAGAAGCUCCUGAUAAAUGUGUUUUGAACUACUCUGUAGAAUUUUAGUUUCAUCAGCUAAGCUAAUUAUGAUAAUAGCAAGAGAGGAUGAUAAUAGUACACGUGUGAUAGGAAAGAUCCGCAGAGAAAUUGGCAGAGUGUUUGUGUGUGUGGUUUCGGGUCAGAGCUUGCUUAGCAGAUGUGCCGUGGUUGCUUUGGGAUGGAUGGAGGGAUGGAUGUAGUGAGAAACCCAGCAGCAGUCUCCACUGGCAGAUUAGCCAGAAGUGAUGGAGCACCUGGGAGUUCAGACAGCCGUGUCUCUCACUCUCCAUCUCUCACGCUCUCGUAAUGUCUGACUCAUCCUUGUUUCUCUCUUUUAUCCAUCUCUCUCCAUCAGAGUGCAUCCUUUCUUUAGUUUUGCGUUUGACACAUCCCAGAAUGUAACCAGAAAGCAGAAGUCAUGCUCUUGAAUGAUGUGUGCUGUAAAACAGGCUCAUUGUGAUCGUCUUCUUUUUUGAAUAGCUGUAAAUUGCUUGUAAAUGUGAUAGAUUUGAUAGGUUGAUGUCAUGCACUUGAGAGUUGGGAUACUACUGAAUAGACUGAAAGCACAUAACUGUUGUACACUUCAACUGAAGAAAAAAAAAAGAAGCCAAAGGAUGAGUUUAGAUCAUGCUCGGAUACUGCAGAAUGUAAUGGAUGUAAGGUGUUGCUUAAACAGGCUCUUUAAAUAGGCUUGAACUGUGUACACUAUGUAUAUGAGUGUUUAUAUCAUUUCAGAACAUUAAUGGAUGUGUUUUCUUGAAGUCUGAUCACUGUACCGUACAAUGCCUAAUCUUAUAUGAACAAUCGUCCUAUGCAAUUUCGCUGUGUGUGUCAGGAGCAUAUCUGUUUUAGUGAAAUAUGAGCCCUUGCCCUGGCUGCGGUAAUUACCAAGAACAUUUCAUACAGAAGUAAACGAUUGCAGUGGCACAAAUCGAACAGUUUCUGCCUCAGGGGAUGACAGGAUGUUCUAAUAGCCACAAUUUGGAUGUGAUAACUUUAUAAAAACCAAAGCAUAGAACCAUCGCUACUUUCCCCAGCAUUUGCAGUCAUUACGCGUUGACAAAGCAAGGCUGUAAUUUUAUCAAACAGGCAGUUAUUAAAGUGACUGUACAGAAGUGUGGUCAUAACGUGAGGGAGUGAACAAUGCUAACGAAUGUAUACAUGUUUUAUGUUAAAUUACUUUUUCAUCUCAAUGAAUCUGGAUCGAAAACAAGACUAAAAUGAAAUUGUGCAGUGAUAUGUAAAGGAGUUUAUAUUGCAUAUAUUUCUUGUACCAAAUGAUUUACUGAUUUUUUUUGCGUGUGUGUAUUUUGCUGUAAUGCACUAAAGGCAUUUUGGUUGUUUUAUUAUUUAUCUUUUUAAUCAUGUGCGAUGCUGUUAAUCGUAGCAUGAAAUAAAAUAUUACAUCAUGAAA